ACGAGUCUCUGUGUUGGCCUGACACUGUAGGAGCCACCAGCCCCAGAGGCAGCUCUGGAUACGGAGGACGGAAGGAGAGACACCCCUCCUACCACAGCCCUCACGGAGGCGGAGGGCGCGCGGGCCGCGGUGCCACUGGCCCCCGAAGGGUUAAUGCUAUUGUCUGAAAACCACAUCGGCUCCCCCGGGAGCUUGGAGAUCCCGCUCUCAUUUUAAGUAACCCUAACUCGCGUGUGAUGAGCGAGGGCCGCUGGGCGAGGCGUGCUCCAGGAGCAGGGGACGUAGCAGGGGCCGGCCGGCCACCGCUCCAAGAGUAGCUGGAGCCCAGGGCCCGUGCUGGGCUGGCCUGGGGCCCCUGACGGCGCGGAGCCACCACUCGGAGGCGAAGACAGACACAAGCACACAGACCCCGUCGACAGCCUCAUUCCCACGCGCGGACUCCACCGCCAAGCACUUCACCGCCAGGCACCUGCGACGCGCCAGGCGUCUGCUGGGCCAGGAGCUCGCUGGGGACAGAGCAGGAAGCACACACCCCUUGCUCGCCCGACGCCUGCAGCGGGUCCGGCUCCGUAAAGCAGUGACCGGCUCCCCCAGGCCCAGACGCGGCCCUCGCGGCCCCAGAGGCGACCAUGCACUGCGGCUGCGGGGCCCAGGGCGUCCCUGUCGCGGGCAGCUCCUGGAUCUCAGGCUUGGCCUUCCCGGACUGGGCCUACAAAGCCGAGUCGUCCCCAGGCUCCCGGCAGAUCCAGCUGUGGCACUUCAUCCUGGAGCUGCUGCAGAAGGAAGAGUUCCGCCACGUCAUCGCCUGGCAGCAGGGGGAGUACGGCGAGUUUGUCAUCAAGGACCCGGACGAGGUGGCCCGCCUCUGGGGCCGCAGGAAGUGCAAACCACAGAUGAAUUACGACAAGCUGAGCCGGGCCCUCAGGUAUUACUACAACAAGAGGAUCCUGCACAAGACCAAAGGCAAAAGGUUCACGUACAAGUUCAACUUCAGCAAGCUGAUUGUCGUCAACUACCCUCUGUGGGAGGUGCGGGCACCACCUUGCCCCCUGCUGCUGGGGGCCCCUGCCCUGUUUCGGCCAGCCCUGGUGCCCAUGGGCACGCACGGCGAGCUCCUGCACAGCGCGCUGCUCGCCCAUUGGGCCACAGUGGAGCAGCUGGCCGGGCAGCGGACCCCCCGAGGGCCGCCAGAGGCCUCUGAGGAUAAGAAGGGGAGCGGCAGCAGUGCCCCCCGCCUUGGCUCUCUCCCAGCCCCCUGCCAGCUUGGCCCUUGCUGCCUUCUGGGGAGCCCCCGAGAGGAGCUGCUGGGUCUGGCCUCCUUGGCCCCUCCUCUCCUGCCUUCCCUCCCUUCCGACUGGACCCGCCUCUCAGGGCCCUUCCUGCCCCCUGUCCCCCCAGAGCGGCUGAUCCCGGGGACCUCCAAGCCAGACACCCUGCUGCCGGGGCCCGGCUGCCCCCCAGCGACCCACCACUUUCCGGGGCUCCCCCUGUUGGCUGGGCUGGGACAGGGGGCCGGCGAGAGGAUCCGGCUUUUGCCCCUGAGGCCCCCGGGGCUGGAGGUAAAGCCCUAUCCCAUGAUGGGGGCAAAGGGACGCCUGGACCCCAGGGAGGGCUUCUCCUCAGAGAUACACAGACCCAAAGCCGGGGACGAAAGCCCCGUGUCCCCCCAUCUGGAGAACUUCAAGGCAGUGUGGCCCUUGGAUCCUCCUUAACUGGGGAGAAGAGGGGAAGUGGGGGGUCCCCCAAAGUCCAUGCCUCCUCCCGUGUAUUUCCUUUCUGGCUUUGCACCUU